UUGAGGUCGCGCUGAGGAAGCUGAGACCCCCGAGUUCUAAACGUUCCAGCCGACGACCCGAUUUCCGUCCUGCAGCAUGGAGGUCCAGUACUUAUCGCACCAGGAGGCUGUGCAUCGCGAAGCCCAGAGGAUCGCCUCUCUGUCUGCCUGGAAGCUGUUGCGCUCCCGGAGCCAGCGCGGGGGCAUGAGGCUGCACCGUUCCCUGCAGCUUGCCCUGGUAAUGCGAAGCGCCCGGGAGCUGCUGAUCAGCUCGGCCCCUGAGCCCAAAGCGGCACCCCCGCCAGCAGCAGCGGCGGCCGCAAGAGAGAGCCGCAAAAGGAGGUCCUGCGGAUCCCAGGUGGCAGAGCUGGUGCCCUACAAGCGGGCAUGUCUGUGGCAGGAGACCCCUCAACCGCAGCUCCAGGAGGGAGCCUUCCCUGGCCUGGCGCAGGUGCUGCAGAAGCUGCUGAUGUCUUCGCAGGUGGUGGGAAGGUGCCGGGCUCUGGGUACCGGGCACAUCCCGGGGGUGAACACAAGAGCGGUGGAGGCUUUCUGAGAGCGGAGGGCAGGAUCGUUUUCCUGAAAGGGGGAGCUCUGUACCCCCAGGAGUCACCGAUGGGACUUCUUCAUGUGGUUUAAUUCCACCUACGAGGCUGCCGGGCCGCCUGGCUAUGAGGGGGCUCCCAGGGGCCCAUCUCUAACCGAAAGGAGCGCUUCCUGUAGCGGAGUGGCAGAAACGCUGAUACCAAGCCGUGGACGCCACGCUUCGGGGUCCUCACCCACCGUAAAGACACUUAAUCUUCUGGGUGAGCUCCAUGGAGGGAGCUGGAAGAGAAUAGGUUAACAAGCAACCGCAACAAAGUAACCAAGCCGGUUCAUUCCGGAACAAGCCAGUGACUCAGGGGAGUCCGGGCACAGUAUCUACUGACUGAGUCACAGCCGAGAGUUCGCGGGGUGGGCAUCCCGCACUUUUUUAAGCUAUCAACCCCCCUUCCUGGACUGGACUGAACUGAACGUGAUGUGGGGGGCUGCUGGCGGACCCCCAUACUGAUUAUGUCUGGGACACUGUGGGGGAGGGGCCGCUGUUGUAACGCAGCAACUCUUUCAUCCUCAGCCAGCACCUCUAGGCAGUGAGAGUGGGGUUCUUGACGAACUGUAUAUAGAACUUACGAAUACAAUAACUUGCUUAUUCCAUCUCUGGCACUGAUGGGGUUAACUGGGUAUUUACUGCUCAGGCCGUUUAAACGCCGGUGAGGCGGUUCGUUGAUUAUCCGAACGGAUUCGGUACCCCCGCUGUUUUCGGGGGUCUGUCGGCGGGAUGUUCGUGUUAUGAGCUCAUGUGUCUUUCUGUUAUAAUAAAGGAAUUAUUGUGA